AUGGAAAAGUUGAUGAAGUACGCCAGCUUCUUCUACACCGGAGUGGGCAUUCAGCCCUACGCCAAAAGAGGAGGUUCUCAAAAGGACAGGAUAAGAAAUCGCAUUGUAUUCUGGUCCAAUGUGAUCAACUUGACGAUCGUUGGGACUUGUGAGAGCAUUUAUGUUUACAGUGCCUAUAAGGAGGAGAAGUUUCUGGAAGCAGUUACUGUGAUGUCUUAUAUUGGAUUCAUCAUUGUGGGCAUGAGCAAGAUGUUCUUCAUCCGGUGGAAGAAGACGGCUAUAACCCAGAUGAUGGAGGAGUUUGGGGACAUCUUCCCCAGGGGUAAAGUGGAUGAGGAGCGAUACAAUCUGGCCAAGUACCUGCGCAGUUGCUCGAGGAUCAGCCUUACCUAUUCCACGCUGUACUCCGUUCUCAUCUGGACCUUUAACUUGUUUUGCAUUAUGGAGUACUGGGUGUACGAGAAGUGGCUCAACAUUCGAGUCGUGGGCAAGACCUUGCCUUACCUCAUGUACAUUCCCUGGAACUAUGAGAACAGCUGGUCGUAUUACCCACUGCUCUUCUCCCAGAACUUCGCAGGAUAUACUGCUGCUGCGGGGCAGAUCUCCACGGAUCUGUUGCUCUGUGCAGUGGCCACUCAGGUGAUAAUGCACUUCGACUAUCUCUCAAAUACAAUGGAGCACCACAAGCUGAGUGGAGAUUGGCAGGAGGACUCUAAAUUUAUGGCGAAAGCCGUUAUGUUUCACGAAAGGAUUCUUCGCCUGUCGGAGGUGGUGAACGAUAUAUUCGGGAUUCCACUGCUACUCAACUUCAUGGUAUCCUCGUUCGUCAUCUGCUUUGUGGGAUUCCAGAUGACCGUGGGAGUGCCACCGGAUGUGGUUAUAAAGUUGUUCCUGUUUCUGUUCUCCUCGAUGAGCCAGGUCUACUUGAUCUGUCACUAUGGGCAGAUGGUGGCGGAUGCGAGCUAUGGAGUGUCAGUGGCCACCUACAAUCAGAACUGGAGUCACGCCGAUGUGCGCUAUAAGCGAGCCUUGGUGAUUAUAAUAGCUCGAGCUCAGAACGUAACCUUUCUGAAGGCCACCAUCUUUUUGGAUAUCACCAGGUCCACCAUGACGGAUCUACUUCAAAUAUCGUACAAGUUCUUCGCCCUGCUGCGCACCAUGUACACCCAAUAGGGUGACCAGAGAAGGGAUCCCUAAUCCCACAUCCAUGUGCCCCUUAGAAUGCUUUCAAAGGCUCAACGCGAACUUAAUUAUGCGGAGGCACGAGCUCCACGCAUGUCCAUCGCCAUCGCUACUUCGACACAGAAAAAAAGGCAGUAAUCAUUUUAGCGAAAAGAGCCCCUCUGAAAAGGCAAUUCUACGGCUCCACUGGGUGGCGAGGAAAUGUGCUGCUACAAAAGAAAAUUGCAGAGUACAUUUUACGCUUCACUGCACACAAGUUGCGCUUAUGAGUUUUCACUGCUUGUUAUGCUCUAGCUGAGGAGGGGGACUUGCUUUCCUUGAAAAUUGAGAACCAAAUGAUUUGGAGUAUUAUUUUGCAAUAAACAGAUUAGAUGAGAGUAUCGAA